CAGCACCUCUGCUCCUACCAGUCUCCAGCCAACUACAGCUGUCCAGUCAAGCAGGGCAUUGAGUUGAGAACCAAUUCCCUCACAUUCCCUCUCCCAGCGGCAUGCUGCACAUCUGCUCCUUCCCCUUUCGCUGCCCGCUUAGCUGCUGCUUUCAACCGUCUUAUCGACAGCCAUAGACCGUUUAGUCCGACCUGCAGGCUACGCGUAGACUCCUCGCUUAGUGCAUCUCCGUCGCGCCUCCUCCACCCAUUUCGCCCACGCUAAAACAGCGCACUUUACUAAACGUUUAGACCCAACAGGUUCACCGCAUUGAUCUACACGCCAGUCGCUCACUAGCUCGCAAAGGGAUUUCAGCACUGCCGGCAUCAUGGCCAUCGCCGGGCUGCAAGCGCGGGCGCGGAUCUUGGCCCUGGGGAAAUGGGUAGCCGUGCUCGCGCUGCUGCUUCCGCUCCUCGUUGUCCGCACAUCCGCCGCCAACUGGCUCGCAGGAGGCGCCGCUAACCGCCAGCCCAGCAUCACGCGCGGGGACGUGUACAUCGUGCGCCUGCGCCGCGCGCCGGUGGCGAUGCAGGUGAGCGCGCUGGACUCGCCGUCACCCACGGACCUCAAGUUCUACGGCGCGCUCAGCCCCGACGCGGUUUCCCCCAUGUCCGCCGCUUUCGCCGCAUCCGUCGCCGCCGCGUCCGCCAGCGACGCGGGCAGUGGUGCCGCGAGUUCCGGGAGUGGUGGCGGAACCGGGGGGUCGGGCGCGGGGGCGACGCGGAGGCUGCUGACGGAGUCUCUGCCGUCGGCGGAACGUGUUUCCGCGCGGAUGGCGCAAGAUGGGGACGGUAUUGCGCGGGGGGCGGGGAGAAACCGGCGGAAGCUAGCUUCAGACUGGGGCGCGGUGACUCGAAACGGGCGGCCGUGGUUCGACCGGUGGAGCGCGCUGAUCCAAUCCCUGGUAACGGCGCUGGAGGACGAGCAGAAUAAGGUGGCGCGCCAAGCCGGGCUCACUAACGUAACGCGGGACAUCUUGUAUCGGUACUGCUACAUCUCGAAUGGCUUCGCGGCCGUGCUGACGGCGGCGCAGGCGGACAGCCUGCGGAGCGACAGCCGCGUGCUGCAGGUGGUGCGCAGCCGCGCGGUGCAGAAGCAGACGAGCGAGACGCCGCUGCUUCUGGACCUGCCCGGCACGUUCUGGGGCGCCAGCUACACGGGCGACGACGCCGUCAUCGGCGUCGUCGACACGGGCGUCUGGCCGGAGCACCCCUCCUUCAGCGAGGAUGGCUACGGCGUGUUCCCUAAGACCUGGCGCGGGCAGCCCGCGGACUGCAAGCGCACGGCGGACUUCCAGCGGUGCACGCGCAAGGUCUUGCAGGCGAGCUACUUCCUCAAGGCCUUUGAGAGCCAGUUCGGCGCCAUUGACACCGCCAGCGACUGGCGCUCGCCGCGCGACGCCGACGGCCAUGGCUCCUGGGUCGCCGCCGCGGCAGCGGGCAAUCGUGACACGCCCAUGACAGUCGCGCGAGGGCAGACCGUGGGCAAGGGCAGUGGCGUGGCGCCGCGGGCGCGCAUCGCGGCAUACAAGGUGUUUUGGCGCAACGCCAACUCGCAGGGGAUAGUGGCCACCACGGCGGACAUCGAGCAGGCCAUGGACCAGGCCGUGGCGGACGGCUGCGAUGUCAUCCUGCUCGCGCUGGGCGCCGUGGACGGCGCGCAGACCUACUUUGACGAUUUGUCGUCGCUCUAUGCGAGCAUGGCUGGAACGCUGGUCGUGACUGCUGCUGGGAACGGCGGGAAGGGGAGCGACAGCACACGCACUAUAGCGAAUUUCUCGCCGUUUUACCUCACUGUGGGGGCAAGCACCAUCAACCGCCGCUUCUCCGCAACGCUCACUCUCUCCAACGGCAAUGUGCUCGACGUGAACGGGCUGGGGGCGGGCACUGCCGCCAUCACCAGUGUGCCCAUCGUGCACUCGCCGGCCGCCAAGCUCGCAUCCGCUGACGCUACCAAGGCGGACCAGUGUGCGGCGGGCACUCUGGACAAGGCCCUGAUAGCUGGCAAGCUGGUGGUGUGUGUGGCGGGAGGCGACGUGCCGCUGACCAUGAAGGUGGGCGAGGCGAAGGCCAAGGGCGCGCUGGGCGUGGUGCUGCACAGCUCGCCGCGCACCAACCAGCCGUACGCCAAGGCCCUGCCCGUCGUGGGUGUGAGCGUCUUAGACACCGACGCCCUGCUCGCCUUCCUCAAAACGCCCAAUCCCCGUGCGUCCCUCUCCCCCGCCUUCACCACCAAGAGGGACCUCAUAGCGCCCGUCAUGUACGCCGCGUCCGCAUCAGGCCCGCUCUCCCUGGGCGCCACCACCGAUGUCUUCAAGCCCGACGUCGUCGCCCCGGGGGCCUUCAUCUGGGCCGCCGCCAGAAGCGCAACCCCCGCCGACGACGCCAGCUUCAGGGUGGGGUCUGGGACGUCCAUGGCUGCGGCGCACGUGGCAGGCGUGGCUGCGCUGCUCAUGCAGCGCAACCCCACGUGGACGCCCGUGCAGGUCAUGUCCGCCAUCACCACCUCGGCCAACGCCAGCAUGGUCAACAAGGACCCUCUGCAGCCGGAUUCCUUGUCGCCCAUGGCCAUGGGCGCGGGCCACGUGGAUGUGGACAGCCUGUUCAACCCGGGCCCCGGGCUGGCGUACAACAUGGAGGUGCCGCACUUCGUGAGGUUCCUCACAGGGCAGAAUGCGGCCCUUGUGGGGAAACUACUGCAGGAGGGGCAGGACGUGUCGCCAAUUGCUGCCCGCGAUCUCAACCGCCCGACCAUCGCCGUGUCAAACCUGCAGGGCGCGGUGACGGUUUCGCGCACGGUGACCAACCUGGGGGAUGUGGCGACGUACACGGCACGCGUGGUGGAGCCGGCAGGGGUGGACGUGGAGGUCACUCCGGCUUCGUUCACGAUCCAGACGGGUGUGGCCAAUGCUGUCAGGUUCUCUGUUAAGCUCACUCCGCGCGCGGGGGCGGGGGGGGGCAGUGGGUGGAAGUUUGGGAGCCUCACAUGGGUGGAUGGGGCUGGACAUGCUGUGAAGUCGGUGAUUGCAGUGGAGACAUAGGGGGGGGGGGGAAGGGGAGGGGCAGGGGAGGGGACUUCAUAUCUCCCUCCAUCCAUCCCUCUCCCUCGGGUGGGUGGGGAGGAUGGCUAUAGUGUAGGGGGUCGGUGGUGGCAGUGGCGAUAGGGAAGGGGAGGCGGCAGGGGAGGGGAGAAGCAGGGGAGGGGAGGCGGCAGCCUUUCUCAAUCAUGUGGCUUCUGUGACGCAGCUGCAUGUGUCGGUGGUUCCCUGCGCUGUGUCUUGGGAUUGUCUUGUUCAGAUGAUGCAGUAUGUGCUUCAGCAGUGUGAAGACUGUAAAAUUUAUACUGGACUGGGGCCCUGGAGGACCUUUUUUGGAGUGAGCACUAGGGUGUGUUCAACGGAAGCGGGGUAUUUUAUGUAUUUAUAAGAACGGUAUCCCCCUUCCCCUGCACACGCAUCACCUCCCCUUGGUGCUGGAGUUAGUUUACUGCUCGUGUACGACUUGUGGUAGUGGUGAAGUGAUAUGCAAAUUAUUUCAAGCU